CGUAAACAAGCGACGUGGGAUACUUUGACUUACUGGGGCACACCCGAUGCUCUGGAUAUAUACCCUAAACAACUAAAGUGAUGACCCGCCUCGGUGAAAGAUUAGGUUCGAACACGUAACGUCCUCAUCUGGUCUGAUCUUAAGGCGCCGAUUAGUGUGGAUAAUAAGCAAACCCUACCCGAAGUUAAGUUAACCUGAUAAUGGUUCCGUAAUGGGAGUGUCAAUUCACCUGAUGCAAAAAUGCAAAUGGGGAUGGAAUAGUCCUCGGACGGUUUUGAGCAGAGGAGUUGGCCAUUUGCUUUGGAGAUGGAAGAAUCUCAUCUGAUAAUAAACAAGAGGAGGAGGGCAUUUCCUCAGUGUGUUCUCUUUCCUAUGGAUGUUCCUAUAGGAAGGGCUAUAAAUUGGGCAUGUGGGGAGGAUGGGAGUCUCUAGGGAAUAUAGAGGAGAUGGGAGGUGGAGGAGAAGAUGGAGCAGAGGAGAGAGCCGUGGACGUUGGCCUCAAGGACUUGUCCAAGAGACUUGAAGACUUUGCAAGAGCCAGGGACUGGGAAAAGUACCAUAGCCCUAGAAAUCUCCUCCUUGCCAUGAUUGGGGAGGUGGGAGAGCUGUCGGAGAUAUUCCAGUGGAGAGGGGAGGUGGACAAGGGGCUGCCCAACUGGGAGGAGGCGGAGAAGGAGCACCUCGGGGAGGAGCUCUCCGACGUGCUGCUCUACCUCGUGAGGCUGGCCGACAUCUGCGGCAUCGACCUCGGCGACGCCGCCGCCAAGAAGAUCGUCAAGAACGCCGUCAAGUACCCUCCCAGCAAGGCGGCCUUCUACUGAAUAUCAUGUCGUCUCUCAAGGCCAAAAGGCAAAUUGAUGUACUUUGAUGACACACACAAAUGGAAAGAUUGUGAAGGUUUCCA